AUGUCGCAACGAUGGGUUGACUGCAACAUACUGAAACCGAAUGACCAGAUAAAAUAUGCUUUCAACAUGGUAAAGCUUGACAAUACUCGAGAGCCCCUGAUGGGUUGCGAAAGACAUGCACGGGAUGAGGGCUCAAUAAUUCAUGAAGCACAUGCUAAUGGGACAUCACGAGAGGAAGAUUAUCCACACCAUUUAGCACCUUUUGUUUCACUCCUCACUCUCACUGCGAGUAUAAGUGGGUUCCUAUUUGGUUCGCUUUUUGCACUACUUGGCUCGCCCCUGGCGGGAUUUCUGGCGGACAGCUGGGGUCGGAAGAAAGUUAUUUUGCUAGCAGAUGUUACCUUCGCUGUUGGCGCUCUAAUCCAAGCAUCUUCUUACACCGUCUCGGAAUUAGUCUUGGGUAGAGCAGUGGUUGGGCUUGCAAUAGGUGCUGCAAGCUUCGUGGCUCCUCUCUAUAUUACUGAACUAUCACCUGCACCAUUCAGAGGUAGACUUGUAAUUGUGAAUGUUCUUUUCAUCACCAUUGCUAUAAUACAAUUCUUCAUCAUGACAACAAUGCCCGAAACACCACGGUGGUUGGUUAUGAGCGAACGAGAAGACGAGGCUAGAAGAGUUCUAAGUAAAGUCUACGGAGGAAGGAAAACCGCGAAUCGGACAGUUAAUGAACUUACUCAAAAUGGAGGGAAUCGAAGAGCGUUGAUUAUUUCAUGUCUAUUGCAGGCUCUUCAUUCUAUCAUGUACUUCUCCGCGUCGAUCUUCGCUAUCCUUGAAUUUGAAUCGCCUACCUUCACUUCUUUGGCCGUGGCUAGUACUAAUUUCUUCAUGACCUGUGCCGCUUUCCUGAUCAUCGAUCGCAUCGGCCGGCGUUAUAUUCUUCUCUACACUAUCCCCGUAAUGAUAUUAGGUUUAUUACUCUGCAGCCUAGGGUUUCUAUUCAUGUCAAUUCCAACCUUUCGUAAUACUUCCGAUUCCAUAUCAACUACAAAUAUCGCUCUGCCUCGAGUGGCUCCCCUAAUUGUUCUUUUUAGCAUCAUUCUCUUUCUCUUUCCCCUCUCAGUCCGCGCUCUCGGCUCCGGUAUGAGCACCAGCACGAAUUGGACUGCCAAUUUCGUUGUCGGGCUAACAUUUCUUCCUAUGAUGGAAUUCAUGUCUCCUGCUAGCACUUUUAUUAUUUAUGCAGCAUUCUGUGUUCUUGGCUGGCUGGCUAUAUGGCGCUUUUAUCCUGAAACUAGUGGUUAUGGAUUGGAAGAUGUGAAGGCUUUACUAGCUAACGGCUGGGGCGUGGAGAGGGAUAAGAUUCCCUUGCUCCAAGAUGAAUCUACAGAGCACUAA